AACUUGUCUAAUUCCCAAUAGUCAUCAUUUGUUCACUAUCUGUGGUGUUUUUGUAUUUGUGAUUUGGUAUUUUUAUUUAAAAAAAAUGCCGAGCCAAGAAGUAACAACUAGUAAAGUGGUAGUACACCCCUUAGUUUUAUUAAGUGUGGUGGACCAUUUUAAUCGGAUGGGAAAAAUUGGUAAUCAAAAACGUGUUGUGGGUGUUUUAUUAGGCUGUUGGAGAGCUAAAGGUGUUUUGGAUGUAUCGAAUAGCUUUGCAGUUCCUUUUGAUGAGGACGAAAGAGAUAAAUCUGUAUGGUUCUUAGAUCAUGACUAUCUAGAAAAUAUGUAUGGAAUGUUUAAAAAAGUUAAUGCUAGAGAAAGAGUGGUUGGGUGGUAUCAUACAGGACCUAAGCUCCAUCAAAAUGAUAUUGCUAUCAAUGAACUUGUUAGAAGAUAUUGCCCUAAUUCUGUUCUUGUAAUAAUUGAUGCUAAGCCAAAGGACCUUGGGUUACCUACCGAAGCUUAUCAGGCUGUGGAAGAAGUCCAUGAUGAUGGAUCACCUACUUCAAAAACUUUUGAACAUGUGCCAAGUGAAAUUGGCGCUGAAGAAGCUGAGGAAGUAGGAGUUGAACAUUUAUUGAGGGAUAUUAAGGAUACUACAGUCGGUACUUUGUCACAACGAAUUACCAAUCAACUUUUGGGAUUAAAAGGGUUAUAUUCUCAGUUAAGAGAUAUACGUGACUAUUUAAUUCAAGUUAGCGAAGAAAAACUUCCAAUUAAUCAUCAAGUAAUUUAUCAGUUACAAGAUAUAUUUAAUCUCUUACCAGAUAUAAAUCAGAUGCAAUUCAAUAAAUCUUUUUAUGUAAAAAAUAACGAUCAAAUGUUAGUCGUAUACUUAGCAGCUUUAGUUCGGUCUAUAGUUGCUUUACACAAUCUAAUAAAUAAUAAGUUAACAAACAGAGAUGCUGAAGAAGGCAAAAAAGAGGACAAAAAAGAUAAAGAAAAGGAAAAGGACAACAAAAAGGAAGAGAAGAAAAAGUAACUUAUUUUAAUUUUUCAUUUAUUAAUUCAUAAACUUAAUAUACAUACUUUUUUGUAACUUAAAUCUUAAUAAAAGUGAUUUUAUUUAUAAAA